CCCCUUUUCGGGCUGUUUCAGGUUGAUGAGGCGGAACACCGGGGACGUUCUUGACUAACAUUUGUUCACAGUGGUUUUGGAGCUGAUCUAAACUCUAGUUUCUCCUGGAUAGUGCAGGAGAGCCUGGCACAAGACAUGGCUAUCAUGGCCGUGACGCUCAACUACGGAGUCGGCUUCCUCGGCUUUCCAGGCGGAACGGAAGUUGCGGCUGCGGGAGUGACAAACCUCGGACUUAAGGACCAGCGCCAGGCACUACGCUGGAUCCAAGAGAACAUUGCGGCCUUUGGGGGGGAUCUGGACAAGGUGACAGUAUGGGGGCAAUCGGCCGGCGCCAACUCCAUCGCCUACCAGCUGCUGGCUUACGGAGCUAAGACCGACGAGAAGCUGUUCCGAGGCGCCAUCAUGAGCAGCGGGUCGAUCGGCAUUGGGAACGCCGUCCACCCCGAUCGCGAAGAUGCCGUGCAAGGGUACCGAGCCGUUCUCAACGCGACGAACUGCCUCGACGCCGAGGACGCCCUCGGCUGUCUGCGCGCCGUGCCCCUCGACGAGGUUUUCGAAGCUGGAGAAGCAACAGGUACCCAUCCGACGUGGUGGCCCACAGUCGACGGUGACUUCAUUCCACAGCCGCCGUCCCUCCAGCUCGAGGCCGGCGAGUUCCUCGUGACGUGUCCCUCCUCUCAGGGACCAACGACGACGAAGUUGAAGCGCUUCGUCCUGGCCGACAUCGAUCCCCAUCCAGACGCAGUACCAGGCGCAGCCGGGAUUCGUGAGUCUUGCUGCGGGCCCCCAUUGUUGUGGCCACUAUCUUCAUUCAUUGCUACUAUGUUGUCCCCGAGACUGCACCGUUUGCUCCCCGUACUGCUCGGGAGACAUCCCGCUUAGCAAAGCAAACUCGAUGGCGGACGCUGUGGUAAUUACACAUAGGCUGGACAUAACACAGAGUACAGCUACUUCUUUCG